AUGGUUGAUGAGGACUCUCUGGUGUUCAGGCCCGCCCACUGGAAGGAGGUUUUUCCCAUCGCUAAUGGAGACCGUCAGUCACCCAUCGACAUCAAAACGGAGGAAACCAAGUAUGAUCCCUCUCUCCGUCCUCUGAAUCCGAAUUACGAUCCAGCUUCUGCUAAAAUCAUCCUUAACAACGGGCACUCCACCAGUGUUGAGUUUGAUGACACCGUCAACAAAUCAGGUUCAUUCCAACCGAAUUGCUCAAGUCUCUUAUCUGACUUUAGCUGCAGCGAUGACGAACCUACUGCAGCCUUUGUGCUGACCGGGGGGCCGCUCAGUGGGACCUACAGGCUGCGCCAGAUCCACUUCCACUGGGGAUCCAACGACGAAGCCGGCUCUGAGCACGCGGUGGAUGGGAUGAAGUACGCGGCAGAGCUUCAUGUGGUCCACUGGAACUCAGAAAAAUACUCAAGUUUUGUUGAGGCAGCUCGUCAGUCAGAUGGAUUAGCAGUCAUGGCUGUAUUUCUGAAGAUUGGUGAGUGCAACACUCAGCUGAAGAAGAUUACCGACCGCUUGGACACCAUCAGAAUCAAGGGUAAAAGAGCACUAUUCACAAACUUUGAUCCCAGCUGUCUGCUUCCCAAGUCCCUGGACUACUGGACAUACUUUGGCUCUCUCACUGUUCCACCUCUUCUUGAGAGCGUCAUCUGGAUUGUUCUGAGAGAGCCCAUAAGUGUUUGUUCUGAACAGCUGGCCAAAUUCCGCAGCCUCCUGAGUACUGCUGAGGAUGAGGUCGCCUGCUGCUUGCUGAGAAACUACCGGCCUCCCCAGCCUUUAAAGGGACGAGAAGUCAGAAGGAAUUAAAGGAGGAAAGCCAGGGUUGUCUCCCUCCGAAACCAAAAGCUGAAUUAAUUUUAGUAGUUAAUAUACUUUGUGAUUUUUUUUUUCUUUUUUUUUUUUUUUGUUUUGGUGAGUUGCUAUGGCAAAUAAGUGUUGUUUUGUUCUUGGUUACUAUGCAGUCAUUUCUUACAGGCAGGUAUGUCCUGGGUUGUUGCAGGUUCAUCGAUGUCAACAGGUCUGACUGUGUUUGAGUGCGUUGGUGUAGGAGCACUGGGGCACUGCUAAUCCUAAGGGUCAGGUGUGGUGAAGGAGUUGUCCAGAAUUUGUCACAAAAUUACCAAACAGGAUCCCUCGUAUUAAUGGCAGUAAAGGGUGUUCUGCGACUGUUCUUCUGGUCUCUAACAUAAUAUUUAGCUUCUAUUACAUCACACUGUAAUUAUAAAGAAAAAAUACUUCAAGAGUGAUAUAAUUUUAUUGCUGACUGCUUCAAUACCAUGCUUACCUAGGGCAAGAGGACAUGGCCUCAAGUUAUGUCAGGGGAGGUUUAGAUUGGACAUUAGGAAAAAUUUCUUCACUAAAAGGGUUAUCAGACAUUGGAGCAGGCUGCCCAGGGCGGUGGUGGAACCACCAUCGCUGGAGGUGUUCAAAAGAUUAAGGUGGACGUGGUGCUGAGGAACAUGGUUUAGUGGUGGUUUUGCCAAUGUUAGGUUGAUGGUUGGACUCAAUGAUCUUAAAGGUCCCUUUCAACCUCCUUCU